GUACAACUGUACACCGUAAGCGGACAGUCCGCGCGUUAACAAUCCGUGACGUCUCCUAUCAUAGACAUUCAUUAUUAUUAUUAUUAUUAUUAUUAUUAUUUAUAAUAUUAUUCGUACGUAUUAUUAUUAUUAUUAUUAUUAUCAUCAUCUCCGUAAUAUAUAUAUAUAUUUAUAAUAAAAUAUGUAUAAUAAACGCAAUAAUAAUAAUAAUAAUAAUAACAAUAAUUCGUACGACGUUGUAAUAGGUAUAUAAAUAAUAAUAAUAAUAAAUAAUAAUAAUAAUAAUAUCAUUACAUCAGUCAAUCGGCACGGUCGCCGUCGGUCGUGCGGGUCGAGCGGAUCGUCGCCCGACAGGUCAAAACUUAACUGUACGCGUUCACUGCAGCUGCGGCAUCAGCUUCGAGCAGUGGUACGUCGGCGUACGCGUUCCGAUCUGUUGAGACGUGUUCGCGAGUUGUGUGUUUUUUUAUUUAUUCGUCGUGUGUCAGUGUCAGUCGUCGGUGCGUUAUUUUUUUUUUACUCAGCAGUUGCGCUCGCGUCGUGUCGCCGCAGUGUCAAAGUCCGCCCGCUCCUUUGUCGUCCCUUCCUGUCCGCCGCGCGCAACCGCUCUCGACCGGAGCUCGACAUGACCAGACCCGCGUAAGUUAGUCGACUGUUCGACGACUACCGUGUGCGCCGUGUGCUAGUGUCUUAGAUAGUUAGAGGUACCUACGCCUACGGUUUUUGGAUUUUCGUUUGUGUUUUACCACUGAUGUUGGCUGGACGACGUCGUACAACAUGGUUAAAAGAUCUGAUGCAACUGAAGCCAAAAAAAAUGGCACGAAACAUGAAAAUGCUAUAAAAUAUGGUGAACUGAUUAUACUGGGGUAUAAUGGCCAAUUGACAGCUGGUGACAAACGGAGGCGACGCAGCAAAUUUGUGUUAUGGAAACGUGAUAUUGCCAACGGUAUAAAAAGAUCAAAUCAUUAUGUUGUUCCAUGCCCUCAAAAUUCACAUGCUGUUCUAGAUAAAAAUCAGCAUUCAAUUUCCUACACUUUAUCAAGAACGGAAGCAGUAAUAGUGGAAUAUGUUAAUGAUGAUCAAACAGAUAUGUUCCAAGUUGGGAGAUCCUCGGACUCGCCAAUUGACUUUGUCGUUAUGGAUACAAAUGCAGAAAAAAAUGCAGCUGCUAUCAAUAAUUUACCUAUUGAUAAUAAAAAAGCAGCUGCAGCAAGUACUAUAUCAAGAUUUGCGUGUCGCAUAAUUUGCGACAGGAACAAUACAAACAUAGCUCGAUUAUAUGCUGCAGGAUUUGAUUCUUCUAGAAAUAUAUUUUUAGGGGAAAAAGCAACUAAAUGGAAAGACGGUGAAGAAAUUGAUGCACUUACUACAAACGGAGUGUUGGUUAUGCAUCCAAGUGGAAAGUUCCAUAAGGGAAAUACCGAACCUGGCAUUUGGCUGGAGGUAUCGGUGUGUGGAAAGUUAUUUUCUUUGCGUGGGUCUCGAUCAGCCCAACUCAAAGGUGAUAUGGUUGAAGAUUCUAAUAAUAUUUUAACUGAUGGAACAUUAAUCGAUUUGUGUGGUGCAACCCUGCUAUGGAGAUCAGCAGAGGGGCUCAGCUUAUCUCCUAGUAGAGAAUAUUUAAAAAAGCUGAUUGAAAGGACAAAUCGUGAACGGCCUACGUGUCCUGUUGGUCUAUACACAUUAGUGUUUCCUCAUCAUUCGGAAGACCAUGCUGCUGCGGUAGCUUCUUCGGAAGUUGCAGAUAUAAAGCAACAGCCAUAUGCAUACUUACAAUGUGGUCAUGUUCAGGGUCGUCAUGCGUGGGGAUUGAAUAAAGACUCCAAUAGUAGAACAUGCCCAAUGUGUUUAAAAGUUGGUGGAAUUGCCAAGUUGAGUAUGGGUAUAGAGGCUUCAUUUUAUGUACAGGAUAAGGAAAAACCAGAUUUAUAUGCCUUUAAUCCAUGUGGUCAUGUGGCUACAGAAAAAACCGUUAAAUUUUGGUCAAAUGUUGGGAUACCCUAUGGGACAAAUGGUUUUGAGGCAUUUUGCCCAUUUUGUGCAAAACUUCUUGAAGGGUAUCCAGGUUAUGUGAAGUUAAUUUUUAAUUAAUUUAAGUAAAAUUUUUUCACAUUAUAAAAAUAAGUAGAUUCCUUUUUAUAGUUAAUACUUAUUUAUCCUAAACCUUAUAAAGUGUAAUGGUAUAAAAGGUAGUGUGAUAAUAUUAACUUUUUUUUUUGUUAUCAAUUUGUGAGUUUUAUUUUUGUCCUUGAUUUUAAGACAAUUUUUUUAUUUGUAUUUUAAACUGGAUAACUAGGUUAUUAUAUUUUAUAGGGUUAAAACGUAUGUUAUUGAACUAUUUUUUACUUUUGCUUUUAGUUAAAUAUUUUUUAAUUUUUUAUAUUAUUUUAUCACUUCUGCCUAUAUCACCGGUAAUCUCUAAUCAAUAUAAUUUUAUUUUUAUGAGGCAGUUUAAAAUUAGCGACAAUCUCUAAAAAAACUGUCUUUAAUCAACAAAUCUCAGUAUUAGUUAUAAAAUUAUUAUUGAAUAUCUUUUAUGAUGUUUAUAUUUUUGAAGAUCUUAACAAUACUACUUUUUGAAGAUCUUAUUUGCUAUAAUUAAAUUUAAGUAGAAAGUAUUGUAUUAGGGUUGCCAUGAAUAAUUUAUUUCUAUAUAUCUACUCAGUCACAUACAUUUUUUAUAACUAUAAGUCAUGAGUACUUUUAAGUUAUUUUUAAUAAUAUAUUUUAAUCACAUUAUCACAACAUGAAUAAAUUAAUGAUUUCUGGGAGUUUUUUGUUUUAAAUAACUUAAACAUGAGCACUUCACUGCUAAGUAGAGGGGUGUGUCUGAAAAAACUCAAAUAUUUUUAAAUAUUAAAAUAUAAUAGUUUUAUUUUUUAUGAGAUUUUAGUUUCUGAAAUAAUUGAUGAAUAUUUUGCUUUUACACUGUUAUAUUUUAUGUUAUUUAAUUAUGUUCACUAACAUAAUGAUCAUGUUUAAAAUGUUUAAAACUUUUUGAUAAAAGUUGAAAUUAGGAUAAAUGGCAAUCCUUAUAUCUAUACUUGAUGUUUAGUUUUGAUUAUAUUUUAUGUGGAAUAUCAUAAGGUUUUUUUUUAUUAUUAUUAAAUUUAUUUUUAUUACAUAGGUAAGGUUUUAAUCAACUUAGUAAAUAAUAAAUAGUUUUCAUAAAUGUAUUGAUUCAAUUAUUGCGAUAUAUUUGUAAGAAGUGGUGCAACUAAAAUAUUAUAUAUUCAUUUUUAAAUAUGUAUUUUCUUUCCGUAUUGAUAAAACAAUGUGUUUUAAAGUACAAUUUUACUAUAGUAUUCAUACAAAAUGUAUAUAUAAUAUAUUUAAUUGCACAGUUAAUAUAUUUUAAUUAUUUGGUGUGUAAGCUGGUGUGAUAUUUCAAGACUGCAAAUUGCUAAUAAUAAUUUAAAUCAAUAAUGGUAAUAUUAUUAAUAUCUAUAGGCUUUUAAAAUAGUUUGAGAAUGUUAAUCUUAUAGAUAUUAAUAAUGAAUGCUUUUAGUAUAUUUUCUCUACGAUUGAUUCGUAUUUUAUUUUCAUUAUUUUAUUAUUAUUUUUUUUUUUUAGCAUUUGCAGUCGUUCUUUCAAAUUGUAUAUAUAUUUUUUUUUUUUUUGUGUGUGUAAGGAAAUAAUAGGCAUUAUAUUGAUAAAUUAUUUUCAAAAACACAUUUUAAUUAUAUUAUUAUAAUUAGUUUUAUUAUUAAUAUUAUCAUUAUUAUAGAGAUUAUUAUUAUGAUAUAUAUUUACACAAAUCUUUUUUUUUUUGUGCGAUAAAGAAAUUCUAAAUUUUUGUCAGAUGAUAAAAAUUAUAUUUUGACCAUAUAUAACAGAUAAAUAUUUAUAUUUCCAGUGCUUGGAAAGUUACUUUAAAAACAAAUUUGUUUCUAUUCCUAUAAUUUAUUGCUUAGAAAGAACAUUUUUCUGUUCAUAUUCAACACUUAGUGAACAAGUUAAUUUAAUUGCCCCAUAAAAAUAAUAUUUCUUAAAAAAAAAAUAAUCAAUAACUUUAAUACAUCAAAAAAUCAAAAAUAACUUUACAAAUUAUUAACUUUAUAAUAUUAAAUACAUAGAUUAAUUUUAUUGUUAAUAUUAUAGAUUUAUUUCUUUUCUAUUCUUGGUAACUAUUUUUAAAACUGAAAAUUUGUGUAGAUUUUUAAUUCUUAUUUUGUGUCAAAAAUAAGUUAAAUUAUUAUUAUAACUUUAAAUUUCUAAAUGAUUAUUUUUAAUCAUAAGAUCUACCAUACUCAUAGUUACUAGGAAUAAUUACUAUAUUUUUAUAUUAAUAUAAAAUCAUGGAACACAUACUUAUAUUUUAAUAUAAAUUUGAUCCAGUCCAGUUUAUUCAUAGUUGUUGUUAAUAAUAAUUACAAUAUUUUAAUAUGUAAAAAAUAAACAUCAUAGAUAUUAUACAGUGGUAUACUGUUUAUACUAUGUAACUAUUGAUUCAAUAAAAAUUUAAAAAAAAAUUAUUUACUUUACUUUUAUUUUCUUAAUAAUAAAAUUCUGUUUUUGGAAUUUUUUGCCAAACUCGUAAUUUUCAAGCACUGGAUAUUUUAUUGUUUAAAUGUAGUAUGCAAAGAAACCACAAAUAAAAUUUAAUUGUUUAAACAUUUUUAGUGUAAAAUAAUAGAAACGUAAUAAAAACUUACAUAUAAUUACUAUGUAAUAUGUACUAUUAUAUUAUACUAAAAUAUUUAUGUUUUAUACAGUAAUGAUGUAUAAAUAAUAAAUUCGUAGUAUAUUUUAAUUUAAACUAUCGAAUUUAUUUAUUUAUUUUAAUUGAAAUUUAGUAAAAAUAUUUAUUAUUUUGAUGAUAUGAAAUAGAAUGAUUACAUAUUCUGAUAAUUGAACAUAAAAAUUAAUUGUCUUAUAAUUGAUAAAUGAUAAUUAUUGUACUUAGCUAAAUGCUAAUCUAGCUUAUUGUAAAUGUAUUUUAAAAUAUUUUAUGGUAUAUAGUUAUUUUUGUGAUUAUGUUUUAAAAAGUAAUGUUAUCAUUGCAAUUAUUACUGAAUACUGGUACCUGUCUCAUUCAACCUGUGUUGUGUUUUAACUAAUAAAAUAUUUAUUUUCAGCUACUGAACUGUAGUCCAAUCAUUAUAAA